AUGGAGGCGGCGAUGGGGGAAGGGAGGAAGCUGCCGCAUCAUGUGAGCGGCAGGAUGGCGGCGGAGCAGGCGAGCCCGGAGCGGGGCCGGCCGGUGUAUGCCCCGGCGAGGUCGGCGCCGGCGAGGCCCAUGCGGCGGGUGCAGAUCAUCUACUACCUCUGCCGGAACGGCCAGCUCGAGCACCCGCACUUCAUGGAGCUCGCGCAGCACCCACACCAGCCUCUUCGCCUCAAAGAUGUGAUGGACAAGCUGACGGUGCUGAGGGGGAAGGGGAUGCCUGCUCUCUUCUCGUGGUCUUGCAAGAGGAACUACAAGAAUGGCUACGUGUGGAACGACCUCUCGGACAACGAUGUCAUCUACCCUUCGGACGGCGUGGAGUACGUCCUCAAGGGCUCCGAGAUAUUCCCUGGCUGUUCUUCUGCUGUUGCAGCGGACCGGUUCCAGCACCUCCGCGUGACCGACCGGUCGCCGACGAAGCCGCCGCUGGCGUUGCCGGCGCACAGCCACAAGCAGUACGUGGAAAACGGGUACCGGGACGACGCCGGCGAGGAGGAGCCUGAGGACGAGGAGCAGCUGGGGUACCCUUACCACCGGCGCGUCGCCGCGGCCCGUCUCGCCCGGCAUGACAACAAGCCCGUGUCGGUGCGCACCAGCCGCGGCCACCCCGUGGAGCUGCCGGUCGAGGAGACCUCGCCGCCGUCCUCGACCUCCUCCGACAAGCCGCCGGUGGCUCGGCAGGCGAGCCGCUGCGAGGGGGAGGAGGCCGAGCCGAACCGGGCCGGGUCGAUGCUUCUGCAGCUCAUCGCGUGCGGGUCGGCCACCGCCGGCUCGGCUAAGUGUGGCGGCGGGCGGGCCGAGCCGAGGCGGAGCUGCGGGCUGGUGAGCCGGCUCUCGUCCCGCGCCGGCGCGGAGGAGGAGGAUGAGGACGAGGAGGGCGGCGAGCUGAGUCGGCGGCUGGGCCAGAUGCGGGUGGACGAGAAGGAGUACUUCAGCGGCAGCAUCGUGGAGAGCGGCGGCCGCGGCACCCCGCUGCCGGCCUCGUCGCUCAAGCGCUCCAACUCGUACAACGAGGAGAGGAGUUCCAGGAUCGGCGCCGGAGCGAUCGGCGCGGAAGCAGCGGACGAGCGGACUAUACCGGAGGAUGGGAUGGUGAGGGGAAGGUGCAUUCCGGGCAGGAAGAGGCAGCAGCAGAAAUAG